AUGUCUCCCAGACGAACUCGUUCAUCGGCGCGCCACGCUGCUAGCCAAGCUGACACGCCAGCGUCCCCAUCGUCUGGGGCCGCAUCCACCAACACUUCGCCUGCGGCACCUCCAUCGGCAUCUCAGGCACCUGCUAGUCUUCGUCAGACGCCCAUAAAGCCUUCAGCGUCUAGAAAACGAAAGGCUCGUAACGACGACACUCAUUCUCCUCCCCCGCCCAAACCUCCGCCCGAGCUCGAGCAACCGGCUUCAUCUACCCGUCGGCCCAAGAGGCAGAAGGUCCAGGAACCAGCUGCCGCCGAGACCCCUUCCCAACCCACAGCUACACGAACUUCCACUCGCACAAGAAAAGGAAAGGCAGCAGUAGCCAUGUCGAGUCCCGACGAUCCUACUCUGCCAGCCUUGCAGGACAAAGGUCCUUCCACCUCGGCAUCUGCAUCUUCCAGCAGAAAGUCUAGCCGCAACAAGAGAGUGACUAGACAAGCUCAAGAGACAGAGUCUACUUCCAUGUCAAACCGAAGGUCAAAGAAAGCUUCUUCGAACAAUCAAACAUCUUCCGAUCAAGACGUCACCAUGACUGGCACAGAUGAUAACGAGAGAGACUCAGCACCUCCACCGCCGCCACCUCCUCCUCCAGCACAUGAUCCCGACGACAGCGACGGUCGUGAUGAGGAUGAUGAGGAUGAAGAUGAUGACGACGAUGAUGAAUCCCACCAUCAUUACGACGACGAUCCCUUUGGUGGUUUCGGCGGACCCCCAGGCUCCGGUUUGUCGAGUACAUUACGAGCUCUGACAGGCAUGAUGUCCGGGAUCGCGUCCAGAUUGCGUGAGAUCAUGAGCAAUCUCAGAAUGAAGGAGGAUCCUUCAAUGCAGAUGAUCGCCCUGCAAGACCUCUCGGAAAUUCUCUUGGUCUCAAACGAGGACAAUCUUGCCGGCCAUUUCUCGCCCGACUCGGUUGUGAAAGAGCUUGUGGCGCUGAUGCAGCCUAACGAAAUCACAGGAGAGGAAAAUCCAGAGAUGAUGCUUCUCGCAUGUAGAUGUCUGGCCAAUCUUAUGGAGGCUUUGCCAGCCAGUGCUGCUAAUGUCGUCUACGGAGGUGCAGUGCCAGUGCUUUGCGCAAAGCUACUCGAAAUUCAGUACAUCGACCUUGCCGAGCAAUCACUGAGCACCCUGGAGAAAAUAUCGGUUGACUACCCUACGACUAUAGUCCGUGAGGGCGGUUUGACUGCCUGCCUAUCAUAUCUGGAUUUUUUCGCAACAGGUACACAGCGCACUGCUGUAACGACCGCUGCAAAUUGCUGCAGAAAUAUUCCUGAGGAUUCUUUCCCAGUCAUCAAGGACGUUAUGCCAAUUCUGCUCAACGUCCUAAAAAGCAGCGAUCAAAAGGUUGUGGAGCAGGCCUCGCUUUGCGUGACUCGUAUUAUUGAAAGCUUCAAAUUCGCAGCCUCGAAGCUGGAGGUCCUCGUCAGCGUGGAUCUGUUGAGAUCCAUUCUUCGCCUCUUGUUGCCGGGCACCACCAAUCUGAUUGGGGCAAACAUACACACACAGUUUCUACGAGUCUUGGCCAUCACCGCACGGGCUAGCCCAAGACUUUCGGCUGAGCUCUUCAAACUGAACGUUGUCGAAACUCUGUACCAGAUCUUAACCGGCGUAUCCCCUCCAGACGAAACAGAGGAUGUGGCCUCAAAGUUGGAUAGCGUCGUCAUCAUGCAAGCCUUGAUUCAUCGCCCACGAGAGCAGAUUAUUGAAACCCUGAAUGUCAUCUGCGAACUGCUCCCUGGUCUCCGGCACAGCGAGCUAUCAGGGACGGCAUUGACGCUUGGUCUCGACCUUGCUGAGCCUAUCACGCCAUCUUCACUAGGAAGUCAGCGCAAGAAGUCAUCCUCAGAAAAACGUCUUGAUCUUCUCGAAGACUGCAAAGAUCAAGUUCGGCGGUUUGCAUUGAUCCUGUUUCCGACUCUGACUGAUGCUUUUUCAAGCACAGUGAAUCUCAGCGUUCGACAAAAGGUUCUUACAGCACAGAUCAAGAUGCUGUCAAAUCUAGACAAAGAUAUCCUUAUCGAUGCCUUGAAGUCAGUGCCAUACGCUUCGUUUUUGGCUGCUAUCCUGUCUCAACAGGAUCAUCCAUCAUUGGUCAUUUCUGCCAUACAAAUCACGGAGCUUCUUCUUACACGCUUGGAUGAUAUCUACCGAUAUCAAAUUUACCGCGAAGGUGUCAUUAGCGAGAUCGUGAAGCUUGCAGAGCACCAAGAUAUGGAGCAAAAAGCCGCCGAAACUCCGCAGAGUUCGUCGGAUUUGGGCUUGGAGUCUGCAAACAGCGACAAUGAUCGUGUUGAGGUUCAUAGCGAUUCCGAGGACGACCAUGAUGCUGAAGAUGGAGAAAACGACGAAGAUAACGAAGAUGAUGAGGAGAAUGAGGAUGAUGAUGAAGAAGAGAAUGGUGAGAAUGAUCAUAACGAUGAUAUCUCUGGAUCUCCCGUCAGUUCUGAUGGCUCAACCAUGUCAAUUGAUGGCCCCCCUCGGCUUUUCCUCGCCGAUCUCCCAUCUAUGCAGUCUAGGAUUGCUGAUCUGGCUAAGAAAUUCUUGGAGACACACGAAACUGAAAAACAUGGCAAGACUAUGAAGAAGAAAGCGAACAAGAUUCUGAGUGAUCUUCAAGCUCUUGCCUCUGAUAUUGAGGCUUACUACCUGCAUCGAAGUGCCAAGAACCUUGCAACUCAGGAAGGUAUUGCUUUGUUCGAGCGACUUGCCGCGUAUUUUGAUGCGGAUGUCCUUGAGAAUGCCACCAGUGCUGAACUUAUGGCCUCUGGACUUGUUCGGGUGCUAGAGGAAGUUUUCAGCAACCCCGAUGAAGCGCUCGCGAAUUCUGCUAGGGCCGCUUUCCUUGAAGUCUUCAUGGGUCGGUCUGUCAAGUCGAAGCCCAAGACCAAUAGUGCUGAUUCACCGGCCACGCCUUUCAGUAUCAUGACCCACAAACUUCAGGAUCUCCUGAGUCGAUCUGAGCAUUUCGAAGUCCUGACUGUUCACCAGAACUCGUUUGAUGGCAACCGCAGCAGUGCCGCCUCCAUGCUUGCGAAGCAGAUCCGCUUGAAGCUCGUGGCAGACGAGAAUUCCGAGAUUCCUCGUGAGUACCGUGGUAUUAUGGUGUCUAUUCACGCCAUUGCCACCUUCAAAUCUCUAGAUGACUAUCUGCGACCUCGAAUUAGUCUUCAUGAGAGGCCACGCCGUGGAGGACCACGCGAUUUCGCCAGAGCCUUGGCUGCCAUGGCUGGUCUACCUGCGGAUCGCCUGGCAGAUCGAUCUGGAUACUUGUCAAGUCCUGUGCCUCCUCCCCCUGUGCCUCCACAACCUUCAAGUUCACGACCUGCUCGUCAUUCCAAGGCGAAAGGCUCAACGCAAGCCGAAGCCCCAGCUUUGUCAGAUCCGUCGUCCCUAGGACGGGAAAAGAAUACUCUCCGCAGAUCAACCCGUCAGAACCCCGCUCUUGCAGAUGAUGACCAAGCUCCCCCGCCCCCUCCUGGACAGGACAAUGACCUGCAAGAUGCGCUGGAGUGUGCAGAUGAGAAGCCUCUGUCUGGUGAUGAUGAUGAUGAUGAUGGUGGCGACGACAUUGCAGACAGUAGCGCACUAGAUGCCAUGAUUGGAGACCUAGAAGACGAUAUGGAUGAUGAACCGCGACCCGACCCCUCUGCGGUCAGCCUGGAGGUGGCUACGAGUGGUAAGAUCACAGCCAUGAAGGACGACGGAACCAGGGUCCCCACGCCUGCCCAAAGUGGUGGUCUCGGAAGCGUUCCGGGCCGGAGCGCUACCCAGACACCUUCGGCCCCUGCUCAGGAACCCUCACAUCCUGCUCAAACGCCAUCGCGGCCGUUUUCCUAUGCCGCAGCAGUCCAGUCCGUCCCGUCAGAUUGGCACAUUGAAUUCAGUCUCGACGACAAGGUCAUACCCAAUGAGACAACCAUCUAUCGGGCUGUCCACAGCGCGUCCACCAAUGCAGACGAAAACGCAUCCAGAAGCAUAUGGUCCGCCGUCCAUUCUAUCAAGUUUCGUCGGGUCCCCGGACCACCUCCCACUGAGCCUAUCGGGUUCAGCCUAGCUUCUGACGCGCCCGCGAGCCCCAAUGGUACACCAGCAUCGUUGACCAACCAUCCUACUACGGGUUCGAUUCUUCGGCUCUUGAAAAUUCUACAUGAUCUCAAUGCCAACCUUGAUGACAUAAUCGUUGAGAACAAGGAUGCGCUGAAACUCAACCGUGAGCCACUUUCGCAGUUCGUCAACACCAAGCUAACAGCCAAGCUCAACCGUCAGCUUGAGGAGCCCUUGAUUGUGGCAUCCAGCUGCUUGCCUGGCUGGACAGAAGAUUUGGCUCGUCUGUAUCCAUUCGUCUUUCCUUUUGAGACUCGGCACCUCUUCCUCCAAUCAACAUCGUUUGGUUAUGCUCGGUCUAUGAACCGCUGGCAGAAUGCGCAACAGGAAGACACGAAUCGCCGCGAUCGCCGCGAUGAACGACCAUUCCUCGGGCGCUUGCAACGCCAGAAAGUCCGCAUUUCUCGUGCGAAGAUUUUGGAGUCUGCUCUCAAGGUCAUGGAACUGUACGGCGAAUCCAGAAGUAUUCUCGAGGUGGAAUAUUUCGAGGAAGUAGGCACUGGUCUUGGUCCUACUUUGGAAUUCUACUCGACAGUUUCCAAGGAAUUCUCAAAGAAGAAAAUCAAGCUUUGGCGAGAGAUGGAUUCCAACGACUCGGAGGAGUUCAUUUCGGGACCGCAUGGCUUGUUCCCCCGCCCCUUGGCCACCGACAAUGCUGCCAACAUUGAUCGUGUACUAUUCUUGUUCAAGAUGCUUGGCAAAUUUGUUGCCCGGUCCAUGAUUGAUUCUCGCAUAAUUGAUCUCAAUUUCAACCCCAUCUUUUUCCGAAUCGGUGAUGCGGGGCAUGGAGUUAAGCCCUCACUUGGAUCUGUCAAGAUUGUUGAUCGCGGCCUAGCCAACUCCCUAAAGCUUAUCAAGAAAUUUGUUUCCGCAAAGCAGGAAAUCGACCAGGAUCCUAGCCGAACAGCAGCUCAGAAGGUGGCAGACACAGAGCAGAUCGUCGUUGAUGGUACAACGAUUGAUGAUCUUGCUCUUGACUUCACUCUUCCCGGAUAUCCUGACAUCGAGCUUGCACCUCAGGGCACCCAUACGCCCGUGACUAUUUACAAUGUCGAGUCGUACCUGGAUAAGGUGAUAGACAUGACUUUGGGAAGCGGUGUCAAGCGCCAAAUUGAUGCCUUCCAGACGGGAUUCUCUCAGGUUUUCCCUUAUAGUGCACUCAGUGCCUUUACGCCAGACGAGCUCGUGUCUCUAUAUGGACGUGUUGAAGAAGAUUGGUCCCUUGAGACACUUAUGGAUUCGAUCAAAGCCGAUCACGGUUUCAACAUGGACAGCAGGAGCGUCAAAAACCUACUCCAAACCAUGAGUGAGAUGACUCCCGCUCAGCGACGCGACUUUUUGCAGUUCACAACUGGUAGCCCUAAGCUCCCAAUUGGAGGAUUCAAGAGUCUGACACCGAUGUUCACGGUGGUCUGCAAGCCAAGCGAGCCACCCUAUACGCCCGACGAUUACCUCCCGAGUGUCAUGACUUGUGUGAACUACUUGAAACUGCCCGACUAUACGACCAUCGAGAAGAUGAAGAAGCAGUUGUUUACCGCUACCCGUGAAGGACAGGGCGCAUUCCAUCUCUCUUAA